AGAAUCAUCAAAGCAGUAUCCGAUAUAAUCGAGACGGUUGCCGAAAAGGUGGUUGAAGAUGUCACCGCAACAGUACUCAAUACGGUAGGUGCAAUGUUGGCAAAAACAACAGCCACACUGGAGAUGAGAAUAGACGCCGCUAUUCGUCAAAGAUCUGGUGACCAAUAUUUCGGAGCAUCGUCAUCUUUACAAUUUACACCCGUUAACACCACGGAUGAAAUUGACGCUCUGGAAGAAAAUCUGAAGAAAGAGGUCUACGCCAAGCAGUUGUUUGUUCAUAUGAAAAGAAUAAUGGGACACACUGGAGAUGCCUGUAACGGACUGAAUGUUGCUUACGGACUGAUUGAAAAUUUCUUCGACAGAAAGUUAAUGCUCGUGUGUUCCUGGACAGGUGAGAGCAGAGGAGAAAUCAGAAAGUUUGCAAUGAAAAAGUGUGACAACAUUCUGGACUUUUUUCUGAAACUUGUCCGAAGUGUGAACAACACAUUUUCACGUACAUUGAUGGAAGAUUUUUUCACGAGGAUUACGAGGAAUUCAAAAAAGCGCAGUGAAUCGAAGGGCCAAAGACAAUCGUCCAUCCACCGAAGGGCGAGGACGAAGAAUGGCGACAAAUCCAACUCCAACGUUCGUUGUGUUCCUGAAAAUGAAUGCAGCACUUCGAGUAAAGUCUCAAAUACGCCCCAGGUCCCACACCUACUCCAGAUAACCCUAGAUAUGCCGGAACAGACAGAGCCUUUGGACGUCUCUGAAGGUGUUGAUGAAUCUGCAACGAAUUCAGAACGUGAGAAUGAGGAUGACGAUGAUGCUGAGGACGAGGGAGAUAUUUCGCAAGAUGACUCCAAAGAGGAUUUGUAA